UUUUUUUGCUGCUUGAUGUCAUAAAAAAAUGUAGAUAUUGCACAUAGUUGUCAAAAUGUCGCCAGAGCUGGAAAAGUUACCGAGAAGCCUGUUGGUGUGCGAGAAAUCAAACUUCUUGAAUGAAAAGUCUCGGCAUGACAUCCACGUGUCGAAGCACAACUUUAAUUACAAGAUCUCACUGCUGAUCCCUGAAUGUGGGAUCCUCCCUGCAAACAUCAGCAGAGUGAUCAACAGCUUCAGCCCUUAUUAUCUAGUGCGGAAUCUGCCUGUUUAUGAACUACUGGAAGAAACAUUCCUUGAGACACUUGUAAAGAAUGGAAACUUCUAUGCGCUCUCUUAUAACACCAAAAUUGAUGAAGAUAAUUCCAUUGCACUUCUUUCCAGUGGUCAGUUAAUUUUGUCUCUAGAUAAAGACACAUAUGAACAGCUUGGCUUGGAGGGACGACCAUCUCAGUACAAUCACAAAAAGGCCAUGAGAUUUGUCGUGACUCUGGACCUCACAGACAAAAGCUUGACUCCAGGCACCAAACGAUACCAGCGGGUUCUGUCAAGUAUAAAACACAGACUACCACUCAGAUAUGACUUUCUGUUUACUAAAUACAACACAGGUGCAGAUGAAGAUAAGAUUCUUUCCAAGCUGUUGUCCCAGUACACAUACGAGGAGCACAAGCCUGCUUUUAGCCAUCACACCCUGAAAAAUAUACCAUGUCCCACACUUAACCCAUCAGAUAUACAGGGAAAGACACUGUCAUGUGACCCACAUCACUUCUUGGAGUGGCUUGGAGCUGUUAACUUGGACAUCAGUUGUGAAAAUGCUGCCGACAGUUUCCUGUCGACAUAUGUGUGUCCGGAGCCCAAGAGUUCUGUCAAUCAAGCCUUGCUGUGCACCGUUACUGGCUUUAUCCCACCUGAGAAUGUGUUUUUGCUGCUGCAAGAGCUAAGGCAGUAUUUCAAUGAACCGAAGUUUACACCAUGGGUUUCCCUCACUGUGCAUGGAUUUAUGGAUAGUCCUGUGUCAUGGGGAGCCACAGAACAUGGGUUCUUCAAAGGUGGUGAAAACUUCUACAAUUUUGUUUUCUUCAAAAAUCAGGACUACUGGUUACACAUGGCUGUCGGUGCUCAAGAUGGCUGCCCACCAUGAAACAAUGGACGUUUGACAUUGAGGAUAUGAGACAUGUUGUGUUGAAAUGUAAAAUACAAACGUAAAUGUAUGAUGUUGGUUUUUAUUCAAAUUAAAUUAUAAAAGCACAA